UUUAAGAUAGGACCCACCCAUUUUCUCGAUUACAAAUUACGAUAAUUUGGUAUUGAAAGCCCCACAAUUUUCAUAUGAUAUUUUGCUCUCCACUCUGUUCUGUUCUGCUAUCGGGCAUUUCAACAAUUUGUCCCUUCUUUGCCAAAGCGUAACGCUCCCUUUUACUGCAUUUUCUCCUACGAUUUUCUUCUCGGUGGUACAAAUCAAGUGUUUUCUGUUAGCAAUGGGUUCAUCUGCUUCAGUGCAUAAAGAUGCAAAAUCAGCAAUGAAGCUCCGUUUUGUCUUUGCAUCUAAAUCUGACAAGCUUGUGAGUCCCUCACCUAUCAAAGAUAAACCCCUUGAUAGUGCUGAAAUCAAACUCUCUCUUCCUCAAAUCAAACCUCAGCGUUCCCCGGUGCUCCCGCUUAACAAUUUUAGCGACUAUGGUAGCAAGGAGGAGGCCUUUUUUGAUUCCCAGGCCUGGUUGGAGUCAGAUUGCGAUGAUGACUUCUUUAGUGUCAAGGGAGAUUUUACACCAUCACUUGGAAAUACUCCUUCGUGUGGAAAUACACCUGUGCAUCGAGGUUUGUUGGUUGGUAAUCUGCUAGGUAAUCGAGCCUCUUUUGGAGAAAGAACUUCUGCUUCUAUACCGCAAUCUUCUCCAAUACAUAAGAGGAAGAAUUUACUUGAGCUUUUCAAAGAAAGCUCAAGAAACCGGAAUCCGAAUGAGCAUGGUGCUGAAGACAACGAAAAUGGACAGGCAGCUGGUCUACAGCUACCACCUAAAUCCACAUCUAGCACACCUCAUGUGCCGGUGUCCAGUGGCAAGAGCACCCCUGUAGAAAAGCACAAAAGUGAGGCAAAAUCACUGAGGUCAGUACAAUGUUGUCUUCCCAGGUUGAGUGGCAGUUUUAGGGAAAAGAGGAAGACUAUGAGUCCUGCAAAUACCGUGGGCUAAUAGCUAGAACUCGGCUUUCAUAAGUUCUCUAUGUAUGUAUAUGCUAGUGCACAAGGAAUUGUGCAUCUAUUGAGCUUUGCACUUUGACCCUCAGUAACUUGAUGGCCGUGAGAUGAGGUGUGCAUUGGCACACACUUACUGUGUAUAAACUUAUAAAGAACAGCUUUGUUAAUAACAAGGUCGUAUUCUGUUAAUGUAUAUGUUUCUUCUGCUUU